AUGACUUUCUUCCCACCCGGAGUGGAAUUCGGGGAUAGGACUUUGCCUGCUAUCUUGAUUGCUGCUACUUUGAUUUAUAUUCUUUUUCCUGGUCCUAUCGAACCAGACACUGAAUACCUGGUCCGGGUAAAGGAUUUUUCUAUUCAAAGCAGAGAAAGAGUUUCUGACUACCUCUUCCUAUCGCACCGAUCGAAAGAGUGCAACCAUGGCAAGCAAGACGCGAAUAGAGCUGUCUUUCACAACAGGAGAGAAUACUUCAUUGAAGUCCACACCCUCUCUCUGACUAUAGCCCUUUGCAACCAAGCGUGCGAGGAAUUUUGGAUUCAAAGGCUACGCUCCUACUUAUUUCACUCCGAAGACUCAAAGUAUUUACUACUUUGCUCCGCACUUUCUCGAAAAACGUUAUUUUACAGCUAUAUGGAGAUACCGAAUUGCAUUAUGAAGUAG